UUGAAUGUUCUUAAUAUUACUUUCUCGCUUCGUAAUCUAUCAAGGAAAACUGACGAGAUGUAUUACAGAAUAUCUGUGUACGACGAUGACCCGGACAGUUCUAUAAGAACCACAAAGUUGAAUGUGGAUGUUCCUUCAUCGUGUAAAAUAUAUCCUGAUGAAAACAUAACAGUUAAUGAAACAGACAACGUGUCACUAAACGUCAACACCACAGGAAACCCACCUGUUUAUGAGUACAUCUGGACUCAUCCUAAUGGAAGUACACUGACCGCCAAUAGCAAACUGACAUUUACUGCUUCAAGACAAGAUACUGGGACAUACAAUGUUUCUGUGUAUAAUGGUGUUGGUGAUAGGAGUAUUUGCAAACGCCACAUCACUGUACAAUAUCGAUAUCCACCAGAUAGAAUCACGUGUAAUAACAAAACAGUUCUGGAGGGUGAUGAUGUUGAGCUAGUUUGCAGUGCUAACGGUAACCCACCCCCUGAUAUGAUGUGGAUAAGAAAUGGAAGUAUUCGAGGCAUAGGAAAUACGUUAAUGAUCAGAAGUGUAACAAAAAGUGAAAGUGGAACCUAUACUUUCUUCGCCAACAACAGUCUUGGUUAUAAAUCGAUAGCAAUAUCCAUUACUAUGCAAAAAAGGGUAAAAUCACCAGCGAUAGUUAAUCCUUACAAACAAGUAUUAGCAGUUGACGAAGGUGAAGACGUUAGUCUUGUUUGCAAUGCCAGUGGAAACCCAGUACCUAAUAUCACCUGGACGAAGCAUGGCACUGUCAUUGGUGUUGGACGAAUAUUCAAUAUAGCUAUAGCACGAGUAAAAGGGAACGAUUCAUCGUGUUACACAUGUACAGCAGAUAAUGGUAUUGGACACGCCAAGAAUGCCAGCAUAUGCUUAGAUGUGCAAUAUCCACCUUCAGACGUUAAAAUUACUCCUUCAAGUGCCAGUCUAACUUUAAAAGAAGGCGAUAACCUUAACCUGUACUGCCAAAGUCACAGUAAUCCGCAUUCCACAUACACGUGGAUGUAUAACGGAGAGUUGUUAACAAUUCAACAGAACAGUGCGUUGAUCAUAAAGAACAUUAAUCGGAGACAAAAUGGAUUAUACCGAUGUGAAGCAAAAAAUCGUCUUGGCUUUGUUCUUUCAAAACCAAUUAAAAUCAUUGUACAAUACUUAGAUCCUCUGGAAAUAAUUGGAUCAAGAAACAAGAGCUAUUCUCAGUCCAAUCCACUGGUAUUGUUCAACCUUAGUAUCAACGCAUAUCCCAGUGACACAACCCUGUCUUGUAAUCCUUCUGCACCGAAUAUAUUGACUACCAUCACCAGCCAUGAUGCAAGUUUAACUAGAAAACAGUAUUUGGUGGUAGUUAUCAUCCAGGAUGAAGUGGAUUUUGCUAGAAUUGUGUGUAAAGCUGAAAAUGGCCUUGGUGUACGAGAAAGGACAUUCUAUUUUUACAGACAACCAAUACUUUUCAAGGAAUCAUUUGCCGGCCAGUUUAAAAUAAUAAAGAUGGAAUGGCAGGAUGACCUUAAAGUAGCAAAGUCGACAGGAUAUAAUGAUCUUAAAAGGAAGUGCCUCAAAAUAUUAGAAUCUGCAUACUUUGAUGUAGCAUAUUUGGCUGCCGUAAACAUAAAAGAGUUCGUUAAGGGAAGCAUCAUAGUGCGGUUUGAGCUCAACGUCAUCGGUCAAGUACCUGAUCCACUGCUGCCUUUGAGAGAUUAUAUCAAAACACAGGGAGAAGAAAUCAAUGGUCUACACAUAGACUACAACAGCAUUCAGAAAUCAAAUGACUUCAAAGAAAAUACACCGAUUCCAUGUAAAGAGGAGAACAAUACACUAGUUGCAGUUCUUGGAGUACUGUUUGGUCUGUCGAUUGUCCUGAUCAUCAUACUUAUAGUGGGGUUCCUGUGGUCACGUAGAAAAGAUUCAAAAGGAAUUUCUGGAAAAAAAUCGAACACAGGUGACAAGAGAGGACAAAUGAACGACAUCUCACUUCAAGAGACAAGUUUUAAUUCCCCAAAUAACGAAACACCAAAUGUGCUAGAAUAUGAACCAAUAGAAAGGCGAGGAUUAUCAACGAGUAAUGUUGGUAUCCCAGAAUAUGAAACCGUGAUAACAAGAACCCGACCACGUCAACCACACUCUGGUAUACAGACGAAUAACCCCAUGCCUCAGUAUGCAAAUACAGAUCAACAUGGACAAACAGGGGCUUCUUCCAAUUCACCACCAGUCACCUAUCAGACCAUCCAACCUCGUACUGGUAACUACGAUUCACUGAGUCCUUUCACACGGUUUUCCCCUAAGGGUACAGUACUGACAUCCACAGGAAGCCCAACACGUACAGGAGAAUACCAGGACCUUCAACACAAGGGUGUGUCUCCAAAGUACCAGUCUCUGGAUGGCUUAAGCAAAUGUUAAAUGAAUAAGGACCAAAAGAGACCAGCAUUGAUGAGGCACUGCUUUGUGGUUUUUAAAAUGCUACUAAUAGAGUAAAUGAUAUACGGGCCUGACAUCUGUAUCAUUACUGAUAGCACACUCACUCCAGUAUUAAAGAUACACUUGCUGAUUUAAUUUGAUCACAUUCCUUUUUACAGUUUUUUUUAGACAAAUCCAUCAUACUUAAAGGCAGUCUUGUAACAAUCAAGUAAAUCACACAGUAUAUCAUAAUGUUAAAGAAAAUCAAAGAAUAAAAAAAAUAAGCAGCCUUCUAAAACGCGAUUCAUUCAUAUUUGUUAACCACAUACAUUAAACAUAAUAUGCUGACACAAUAACCAAGCUGUAUAGUGGACUUUGGAUUACAAUCACUUAUUUAUACUAAUAAACAAUAAAGCAAACAAUUGACAAAUA